AAGAAAAACCGAAACGGAAACACGAAAACCACUGAACAGAGGAAGGGAAGCAAGAACUCAGAGAGAAAGAGAGACAGUGUAAGCAUUAAUGGCGGAGGGGAAGAGAGAGAGAAGCGCAAGCAGCGAGGAGAGCGUGAAGCUGUUCGUAGGUCAGGUGCCGAAGCACAUGACCGAGGCUCAGCUCAUCGCAAUGUUCAAGGAGUUCGCUCUCGUCGACGAGGUCAACAUCAUCAAGGACAAGGCCACGCGCGCCUCACGUGGGUGUUGCUUCUUAAUAUGUCCGUCGAGGCAAGAGGCGGAUAAGGCCGUCAAUGCGUGUCACAACAAGAAAACUCUCCCUGGGGCAUCUAGCCCGUUGCAAGUGAAGUAUGCAGAUGGCGAGUUGGAAAGACUAGAGCACAAGCUUUUUGUUGGCAUGCUUCCAAAGAAUGUUUUGGAAGCUGAAGUUUCUGAUCUCUUUUCUGAAUAUGGAACUAUAAAAGACUUGCAGAUAUUAAGAGGUUCUCAGCAAACUAGUAAAGGUUGUGCAUUUUUAAAGUAUGAGACGAAAGAGCAAGCAAUCGCAGCUCUGGAGGCUAUCAAUGGAAAGCAUAAAAUGGAGGGAUCAAGUGUGCCUUUGGUUGUCAAAUGGGCAGAUACUGAAAAAGAAAGGCAAGCUCGGAGGGCUCAGAAAGCUCAAUCUCAGGCUUCUAAUGUGCCAAAUACUGAUUCACAACAUCCUUCAUUGUUUGGAACUUUGCCAAUGGGUUAUGUUCCUCCAUAUAAUGGAUAUGGCUAUCAGGCUCCUGGAACUUAUGGACUUAUGCAAUACCGCCUGCCACCAAUGCAGAAUCAUUCUGGAUUUCAUAAUAUCUUUCCCACAAUAAACCAAGGAAAUGCCUUGCGUGGAGUUACGCCUGAACUUGGCACCAAUAUGGCCCCUAGAAAUUAUGCUAUGCCUCCUGCAAGUUAUGUGGGCUCUGCUUAUCAUGGGAUACCGGGUCUUCAGCAUCACAUGGCAUAUCCUGGUGGAAUGAUGAGUCAUCGGCCUCUAAAUGCUUCACUUGGGUCAGUGCCACCUGCUGUUAUGAACAGUAAUCCCACGGCAUCUUCGAACACUGGUAAAAGUUCUGGGGGUCAGGUUGAAGGUCCACCUGGCGCCAAUCUAUUUAUUUAUCACAUACCUCAAGAUUUUGGAGAUCAAGAGCUUGCCAAUGCUUUCCAGGCGUAUGGUAGUGUCUUGAGUGCUAAGGUUUUUAUUGACAAAGCAACUGGUGUUAGCAAAUGUUUUGGGUUUGUCAGCUAUGACUCACCUGAGGCUGCUCAAUCUGCCAUUACCGUGAUGAAUGGAUUCCAAUUAGGUGGUAAAAAAUUGAAGGUUCAGCUUAAGAGAGAUAAUAAAGAGAUUAAAUCAUAUUGAACUGAAGGUGAGUAAUGGAAGAAAGCAGAAUUCUUGUUUAUAUGUGGUCGCAUUCAACCAGGUCAUAUUGGUACCACGACAGCAUCAUCAUUUGGAGCAGACAAGAUAAUCUGCGGUUAUAUGCCGUGCUCCAUCCUACUUGUAAUUGCCUCAUGGGACUGAAACCCCAGAAACUUGUAAUUCAUGGCCCAUUCUGUGCCAGUACAAUAUGUAAUUUAUGUAUCAUGGAAGUUCAUUUAGACAUUAAAUAUUAAUUUAUUGAUUUUUCCCAGA